AUGAGUGAGGCUUUUGACUGCGCAAAAUGCAGCGAGUCCCUGUAUGGCCGUAAAUACAUCCAGACGGACAGCGGCCCUUACUGCGUGCCCUGCUAUGACAGCACUUUUGCCAACACCUGUGCUGAGUGCCAGAAGCUUAUCGGUCAUGACUCGAGGGAGCUCUUCUACGAGGAUCGCCACUUCCACGAGGACUGCUUCCGCUGCUGCCGCUGCCAGCGCUCCCUCGCAGACGAGCCCUUCACCUGCCAGGACAGCGAGCUGCUCUGCAAUGACUGCUACUGCAGCGCCUUCUCCUCGCAGUGCUCUGCAUGUGGGGAGACCGUCAUGCCUGGGUCCCGGAAGCUCGAGUAUGGAGGCCAGACGUGGCAUGAGCAGUGCUUCCUGUGCAGCGGCUGUGAGCAGCCUCUGGGCUCCCGUUCCUUCGUGCCCGACAAGGGUGCUCACUACUGCGUGCCCUGCUAUGAGAACAAGUUCGCGCCUCGCUGUGCCCGCUGCAGCAAGACACUGACACAGGGAGGCGUGACAUACCGUGACCAGCCCUGGCACCGGGAAUGCCUGGUGUGUACUGGGUGCCAGACACCUCUGGCGGGGCAGCAGUUCACUUCGCGGGAUGAAGAUCCUUACUGUGUGACCUGUUUUGGAGACCUCUUUGCACCCAAAUGCUGCAGCUGCAAGCGCCCCAUCACAGGACUUGGUGGUGGCAAGUAUGUGUCCUUUGAAGAUCGCCACUGGCACCACAGCUGCUUCUCCUGCGCCCGCUGUUCCACAUCCCUGGUGGGCCAAGGCUUUGUGCCUGACGGAGACCAAGUGUUGUGCCAGGGCUGCAGCCAAGCAGGGCCUUGAGUGGGGCCCUGGGCACAGCCCCUCCCAGCCCCAGUUCUAGGACUAAGGGUCCUUUUCUAAACCACCUCUGGGACCCAUCCCCUCCCCCAAAUUGGGGCUCUACUUGGGUUCUAGGAUUUAGCCUUCCCCCUUCAACACCCUCCCAACUGGUACUUCCUAGCCUAGCCCCUCAUCUCAAACCAGUAUUCUUACGGAGCAGAAGCUCCAUGAUUCAAAUCUCCUUGUAACC